UAUCGAAGCAGUGUGAGACUAUCUACGCACCUUGGUAAAAACAACGUGUUUUUGUAUAUUUUACAAUUACAAUGCUACCAACUAGCGUUGGCUUUCUGUCUCUAAAUCUAUCUAUCUAUAAUAUAAAUAAAUAGAAUAGAAACAUUCAUACAAAUUGCAAACAUAAUUUGUCUUCAUUCCUAACUCUUUCAUCUUCAGUAAGUAGAAAGCAUGAUUGAAUGCUUAGCUAGCUGGUUAACCCCCAUUAUUCUCUUCUGUUUAUUGAAUCUAAUGAUUGGAACUAUUUUCAUUACUUCAAAUCUCAAAACUCACAAAAACACCGUCACCACAACAACUCCAUCUCGAGUCAAGUCCUUUAAUUUCUGUUUUCCUGAUCCAUUUCCCUCCCAUAACUCACAACUCGACCCUACUUCGUCUCUGCUACAACGGGUCAAGUCCAUCAACUUGUCUUUCUCACGACCCGACCAAAUUCCCCUAUACGAUGAUGAAAUUGAACCGCAGAUAGAAGUGAGUCACGUGACAAGAAGUAAAUCUGCAACGUGCACGGAGGAGAAAGUACAAACGAGGACGAUAUUGGUGAAAUCGGCAAGUGAGAAGAAGAUGCCGGAGGUGGAUUUGCGCCGACCGGCAACGACGAGGGAAACAGCGAGGGAUGAUGAAGCAGUUGAUAAGAAAGCUGAUGAUUUUAUUAAUAAGUUUAGGCAACAAUUGAAGUUACAGAGGCUUCAUUCUAUUCUUAGGUACAAACAAAUGUUGAACAGAGGCGACCCAUCCAAUUGAUUAAUAUCGUUCCUUUCUUUCAUCGGUUGGUUUAAAUCCAUUAUAAAUAUAUACUAAUAUUUUUCAAUUUGA